GUCCACAGAGCUGUCAAUGAACGCCUCUUUUUCCUCAAGCCAAGAUAACAAGCAGGGCCGGGCGAUAUUCACAACGAAAGCAGUGAUGUUUCGGUGGCAGGUGAUACUGCUGUGAAUUGUUUGGACCGUAUGUUGAGAAAACCGAAAGGAGGGAAAAUAAAGGAAACGACAGUUCAGAAGACUGUGUGGUCCGGAGAACGAAGCUGCCAGCUAAUACUAAUUAAAGAAGGAUAAUACACACUCAAACUGACAUCGCUAACCGAGGAUAAUCUGGCCAAGGAUAACCUCGACAAGCUCUAGGUGUCGAGAAGAUAAGUUAGUUGGCUUGGUGCGAAGAUAUCUCAAGACUGCGGUGACGUCUACCCAGUACUAUCACCUUUAAACACAGAAAGAAAACCAAAACAAACCCCCAGCCGCCGUCCAGUACUUUGAGGAUGAACCACUUAUCGCUCAGUGAGCUAUGUUGCCUGUUCUGCUGUCCACCGUGCCCCAGCAAGAUCGCCUCAAAGCUGGCCUUUCUACCCCCUGAGCCGACCUACAGCCUCAUGUGUGAUGACAGUGGCAGCCGAUGGACGCUGCACCUCUCCGAGCGUGCUGACUGGCAGUACUCGGCCCGUGAGAAGGAGGCCAUCGAGUGUUUCAUGACACGCACCUCAAGAGGGAGCCGCAUUGCCUGCAUGUUUGUCCGCUGCUCACCCAGCGCCCGGUAUACUCUGUUGUUCUCCCACGGUAAUGCAGUGGACUUGGGCCAGAUGAGCAGCUUCUACAUUGGCCUCGGUUCACGGAUCAACUGCAACGUUUUUUCCUACGACUACUCUGGUUAUGGGGCCAGCUCUGGGAAGCCUUCGGAGAAGAACCUGUACGCUGAUGUAGAUGCUGCCUGGCAGGCGCUCCGAUCACGGUAUGGCAUCCGUCCAGAGAAUGUGAUCGUGUAUGGUCAGAGCAUUGGCACCGUGCCCUCUGUAGACCUGGCUUCUCGCUAUGAGACUGCUGCAGUCAUCCUCCACUCCCCGCUCACCUCUGGCAUGAGAGUGGCUUUCCCUGACACCAAGAAGACAUACUGCUUUGAUGCCUUCCCAAACAUCGACAAGAUUUCCAAGGUAACAUCACCAGUACUCGUGAUCCACGGUACAGAAGACGAGGUCAUUGAUUUCUCCCACGGGCUGGCACUAUAUGAACGCUGUCAGCGCCCAGUGGAGCCGCUCUGGGUAGAAGGGGCCGGCCACAACGAUGUGGAGCUCUAUGGACAGUACCUGGAGAGACUGAAGCAGUUUGUUGCACAUGAGCUAGUCAACUUGUAAAGGAGCUGGGGGAAAAUGGCGGAGAGGGAAGAAGAGAACACCGCCCCAGAUUUAAGGAGAAGCCGAAUGAUGAAUGAGGGGUACAACAUUUUAUUCUAAUUCAACUAGAAGUUGUGUGUUGUACCAACAUUUUGAUGGUUGACUGCCCAUAAAUCGGGCUUGCCCACACAGUCUGCUCCACACGCUGCAGCUGUGAAGUACUCAUUCUUUUUUUUUUUUCUCCUUUUUUCUUUUUUAAAUUUUCUUUCUAUCAUGUUGAAAAUUGCACAUUGUGAAAUUCUGUGUGUGAAUAAAAGGAGAAGCAGACGUGUGCACAGGCAACAUACCAUGUGUACUUGCCAUGUAUGACUGUGUAUGUGCCACAUUUUUGCUGCCUUUUGUGAAGGACAUGGUCCACAGAGAAACUUUUGACAAGCUGUGCUGGACCAGACUCACUCAAAUUCAACUGAACUCAGUCUGACUCUACAGACAGAUGUGGUCUAACGCACUGCAGUCACCAUGAAUUCUUCUUUUUUUCUUUUGAGUACUGUUUCUUAUAUAUUUCUUAACAUUCUACUUAAUAUUGCACGUAUCAGCUGUCACUGAAGAACUGUACAAGACAAACUGACAUAUUACCCUUCUGUGUCGGUGUUGCCAAAUGUGUAGUAUGAUACAUUGCAGAGAUUUAGGAAUACAAGGAAGUGUACUUUUACAAAUCAUGUCUAGAACCAUCUCCAAAGCUUCGUUAGUUGUGUGAAUCCUCCACUUCUGUUUAGUUUUAAAGUGGUACAGUCUACACAGAUACAGCACAAGACAAGGCGCUGUCAGCAGCUUAUUGUAUGUAGCCGGUUUAAAGGCCGGGACUGUACGUUGUUAAACAAGGAAGUGUGAGUUAUUUCCUCACACUGGAACAGUGCUUACAUCAGAGUUUGACUUGAAGUAUUGUUGGUAUAAGAUCAGUUUACUACACUGUAGUUGAUGAAAUUGAUUCUUCUUGACAGAAUUAAAUGCAGGGCAAGUCUGUCGACAAAAUGCCAUCUACCUGUUUUGUUUUUUUGGAUUUUACCCAUUUGUCUGUGUAGUAGUUGUCACGAAGCUCUGUGUUGACAGUGUUUUAUUUCCUGCCUUUGGAUCUGAAGAGGUCAAGUUACAUAAUGUGCAUAGCUACAAAUCUCUGGUGUAUCUGGAUCACAUCUUUCUGUCUUGUUUGGGUUUUUUUUGUUUUUUGGGGGGGGGGGUUUGUUUGCUUUUUUGCUGACAAUACUGUAAUUACUGUGACGGCAGAGGUAAACCACUAAAGCCAAUCAGGAAUGGUGAACUUUAUGAAAACUGCUAGUUUUUCCAGCAUUGUCUUAAAAAACAAAAAAGACAAUGCUGUGUUUUCAGUCCUCCCAUACAUUUGAGCUGAACAAUCCUCCCUGUGUGUGUUGGACAGUGGGUAAUGUCAGUGUGAGUGGCUCAACAUUGAAGGCCUGUCACGGACAGAAGGUUUUUCUUUUGGUUUGCAUGAGAUGUUCAUUUGCUUUUUAAUGCCGAGUGAGGCAAGAUGAGCUCUUUUUCAGUGCCCAGACAAGCCAAUGUCAACUUGCAGCUGCAUGUCACCCAUGGCUUCCUCCUGUUUUGUCUUUUGUUUUUGUUUGUUUUCCCCCAGUAUCUGGGUUGCACUUGAGCCUGUGUUUAGAAAGAUGGAUCAGAAUUUGUUAAUAAAUUAAAUGAACCAAUAAGCUAAAGGGUGCUACUGUAAACCUUCAGGUCUGAUUAGUUACAGGUUGAGAAGAAGAAAAUGACUCUAGAUCAGAACCAUCAUUUCUCAUGAUGGUCUGUUAUGAAAACAAGUCAAUCAUGCUUUUCUUUUUUUACUUUUAAUUUGUUUACUGGACUUUUUUUUUUUUUUUUUUUUUUUUUUAUAUAAAUAUAAACCUGUUCUUUUUACAACCUUGUAUUCGAUUAACCUAUUAACUGUAUUUCUUGGUAGUUCUCAAACUAUUGAUAUGAUGGAGACUAGGCCAAAAUUUUGGCUUUUCAAAUGAUCUUUGUACUGCUCAUCUUGACAAAAGUCAUGUCUGGUUUGAUUUGAUUUUGUAGGACAAAUUUCAAUACAAAAAGAAGCUGUAUGUAGUAACAUUAAUAAAGUCAUUCUAACAUGGA